GCAAGUACGAAGGCCCUCCCUUGAACAGCUGGAAAAUAUGGCUUGCGAGAAUUCGUCCUUGUGUUCUGUGAACGUAAUUGUCAAACAACUCAGAGAGCUUGAGAACGCGCCUGCCGAGGGGAUUAAGGUUUUCAUCAACGAAGAUAAUAUAUCGAGCGUCGAGGCUGAGUUAGUCGGACCAGCUGACACCCCUUUCCAUGGUGGCGUAUUCAAAUUAAGACUAAUUCUGCCAUCAGACUACCCGAGCUCGGCUCCAAAAGGUUUCUUCCUGACAAAGGUCUUCCACCCUAAUGUUAAGCAAGAAAGUGGUGAAAUAUGUGUAAAUACGCUGAAAAAAGACUGGCUACCCAGUCAUGGUCUUAGACAUGUACUGAUGGUGAUUCGCUGUCUUCUUAUUGAACCUUUUCCUGAGUCAGCGCUAAACGAAGAAGCAGCUAAACUAAUGCUUGAAGACUAUGGUGAGUAUUUCAGACGAGCAAAGAUGUUCACCGGGGUUCACGCGAAGGAUAUGAGAAUCACGCAAGUAAGUAAGGAUGAGUUUGUCUCGAAUUCCGUCGCAUUUCAGGCUAGUCUCAACUCUACAAAGAAUGACAAGAAGUUGGAUAAAAAAAAAAGCCUUCGGCGACUGUAAUGUUAGGUUUUUGUUCUUCAGAUUCACUAGCAUUAUUAGCUGCGUAGAUAUCUCAGGACGAGGAUGAAGUUCGAAAA